AUAAUAGUUCAAUUUGUACCUGUGCUGUUUCAUUUUGGCCUUAUGUUUGAAAUCCUUUCAUCAGAGAAUGAAGAAGAUCUUUUCAUCAGAGACCAUGGACAUCCCCGACGGCGUGAGCAUCAAGGUUGAAGGCCCUCGUGGGGAUUUCCAGCUCAUCACCGAUGAGAACGGCAAGAAGAAGCUCAAGAUCGAGGCCUGGUUCGGUACCCACAAGAUGAGGCUCAUCUAUGCCCAUUUUCCCAUCAAUGCUAGCAUCACUAAUCACAACAAGGGCAUCAAGAUCCAUAGCUUUCUACUUUUCGUGAGGAAAGUGGAUAUGCUUGAUGGAGUUUCCAUUGUGCAAUCUGAGAAGGUGAAGGAUGAGUUGGUUUUCGAUGGAAAUGACAUUGAGCUUGUUUCUAGGUCAUGUGCCCUUAUCAAUCAGAACAAGGAUAUCAGGAAGUUUCUUGAUGGUAUUUAUGUUAGUGAGAAGGGGACCGCAUUAAUAAAGAAGGUGGUGAAAAAGAUCGUUAUGGGGAAAAAGAUUGGAGCAUGUAUUUAGUAGAAAGUCUAAAUUAAGGGUUAACAGUGUGUGCUACUUCACUUUCUGUAACUGGAACUUUGGAAAGUUAAAUUAGUUAUGACCUAAUUAUAUGAGCUAUUUCUGAAUGGAAAAUGUGCUAGGUAUGACUUUUUAAUUGAUU